UUAUUUCACAAGUACACUAUCCUUUACUUGUGCUCCAAAACCCUAGCCCUAAAACCCUCUGCCAAAGUGAGACACUUUGCUCGAGCGAUAUGUCGGGAAGAGGAGAAGAUAGUGAUUCCGAUGCGCCGGAAGAACUAACUUCCGUACAGGGAAUUCAAAACAAUGAGGAGAUUAGAAAAGUUGAAAAAGAACACAAGGCUAGAGUUGUUCGGGAAAGGAAGGAACGUCGUAGACAAUGGGCUCAAAAGUUAACUCCACGACCUAAACAAAAUGAUGAAAGCAUUGAAGACACAAAAGAACCUGAAGAUGCCCAAGAGUCAAAGGACAAUAGAGGGAUGCUGCCUGAUGAGAUUGUAAAAAUUCUUGCAGCUCGUGAAAAGAAAGUUUUCUCGUCAGACUCGGAAGAAGAACAUGAGAAGCAGCCUACAUCUAAAAACAAAAGAUCCAAGAGCUCUGGGUCUGGACCAGUUAUUUUGAAGGAUCUACCACCUCCUCCGUGCUUAGAGAGCUCACUGGCAUUCUUGAAGAAACGUAAGAUGCAGGUGUCAAGAUCAUCAGCUGUUCUGAACAAUUCCAGUCAAGCAUUACGCCUUCUAUCUACAUCUGGCUUGCUACGUACGAAAUGAUAGGUGAUGAUUUUGAAGAUUUUAGCCCGAGUGAUGUCAAUGCUGUAUUGCUUGCUGUAAUGAGAAUAUGCUGGUAGAGGUGUUAAAUGGCGAGCUGGUUUUGGACACUGAUGGGUAAACCAAAAAAACAAAACAAAACAUUGUAACAACUUUUUGAUGGUAUAUUGCAAUUUUAUUGAUACUUGUGGGUAGGAACUGCUGAACUGUUUACACUGCAACAGUCUCAUCUCAGUCAAGUGUUGAAUCAUUAAGUGGCUGCACAAGAUUAUGAAUUGCUUCUAAAUCUGUUAUACAAAUUUAUUGAGGUUUGAGAAAUGACAACCCAGUUUUUUAAACUUGCGAUAUUCUCGGUUGUAGCGUGGUGCUAGGUAAAAAUGACUUCCAAAAUCUAAGUAGCUAAGUUGGUUGCCUCUAUGGAUUUGAAGUACCAUUUUGUUAGUAAGAAGCUAAGUUGGUUGCCUCUACGGAUUUGAACUACCAUUUUGUUAGUGAGGGUUCAAUUUUUCACCUUGUAAUCUCAUUCCUCAUUUCCUCUUCCCCUCUUUAAUAUUUGAUCCAAGUUCCAAUUCCCAUACAUUGGAGUAUCCAGAGAGCUGAGAAAAGAGUUCCAAGUUAUAUUUCUACUAAAUUUUGAUCACUGCUAAUUCAAUGUAAUAUUAAAGUUGAAUAGAGGUGUUGAAUUCCAAUCUUAUGCUAGACAAUGUAAAGUUCUCCACCAGCUUGCCAUGAAAAAAGAAUCUGACUAGCUCAUAUGGAGCAUAUUCAUAAAUAAAAUGUUUAUCAAGCUUUUAGAUGA